AUGAGGAUCGUGAAUCGAGAGGGUGAGGCAGCACUUUUAGGUGGCUACUUGGAUGCCGCCGGACUUGACGUCAAGCCCUUACACUGUCGCCGAACUUUGGAUCAGUUCUCUUAUUACAUGCUAUCCUCGACCGAGACUAGGGACAGAACCCAGGUGGCUUACAGAUGGGCAAAGAAGCCCCUAUCGGCACUUGGGUUUCUAGAUGUUCUUGCAAAGGAUCGGCCAAUUAUCAUGGUCGAUCAACUCUGGCUAUGGGCUCUACAUGACGGGACGGUCAUCACGAGCUUUCCGAACACCUGGCAGCCGGAAGAAAAAUUCAACUUGCGCAAUGUUGUCGUUGACGAGCUUAGGGGAAACAAAGAUCGCCCAAUUAUCAAGACCACGGAAGACUUUAUUCACUUGAUCUUGAAGACAAGUGUUGAAUUCUUCAAGCGAAAAGGACCCAUGGACUGCCAAUUUCACGAGUGCUUCCAAUCGUCCAUCAACAAGGUCGCUGAAGGGCAAGGCAAUUUGUUCUUGGAAUUCAAACAAGCUGCUAGGAAGCUGAACCUUGGCAACCUCGAAGCAAAGAAACGGACUGCUGAGAUUGAGAUUCUCUUCGGCUUGGACCAGGAGACAGAGCUGCUCGUUGAAAUCAUGGAUAUCCAAGACGAAUUGACAAUAGUCAAGACGAUCCUAGCGCAGCAAAAAGACGUCCUUGAAAAGCUUCUUCGCCUCUAUCCCAAAAAAAAUAAAGACGACGACGAAGAGGAGACUAGAAUUCCGCCGUCGAAAGGGAAAAGCGAACUAGAGGUUCUGUUGCUGGCACUACUCAGGGACAACAUGGGCGACAAGGUAGGCAAGAGAGAGGACGCGAUGAGCCAGGAUCCCGAUGACAGCUCAGGACAGCCAAAGACCCACCAAAGAAAAGUGGCCGAGACAAAAGAAAAAGAAAGAGAGGGAGGUCAGCGACCAGUCUCAGGUGCCCCGAAGCCACUUAGCGCCUACACAGGCAGCAUCUUGGAAAAUCGCGAACUGAUGCACGAGACCAUCGCGGUCGUUGACAACAAUAUCCGGGUCGUGGCAGACAUGCUACUAUAUGCGGAAAAGCUGGACAAUCUCCUGGACCUCAAGCAGAAACAUGCAAACGCCUGGGAGGCGCGUUUCGCGCGCGAAGGCUCUGAGGAGACCCAACGACAUGGAAACAUUAUCCUCGUCUUCACCCUCGUCACAAUCAUCUUUUUACCGCUGUCGUUCAUUUCCAGCUUCUUCGCCCUCGACAUCGAUGUCUUUCCCAAGAAUCCGGAAGGUGACACGACAUGGCCGAUUGGUGAAGUGUCAGGAUACUUAUGUGAGAAGAACCCGUCGAAGACAUGUCGGGAUAAAAAGCACUAA